CGCUUGCAGCCCGGACGGUCUCGAGUUCGAUUCCGCGGACGCGCCGCUGCCGCCAGCCUUUCCGAGCGCUCGCCACGCUGGAGCCGCGCCGAGGAUCUUCUGAUGUUCCCUGUUGACCCGAGCCUUGGUCCUUCCCCGGAAUGCCCCACUCAUCCAGCACAGCUGAGCGCAGCCCCGAAGACAGCAUGGACUCCGUGGCCGAGGAGCUGCAGCAGGUCCUUUCCAUUGACCAGAUCCGUGCCAUCCGUGCCUCCAACGACUACGUGGACCGACCUUCGGUGUCCUUCAAGCAAGCUCACUCCAUCCCCUCUUUGUCCCAGCAGCAGGGGGUUCCUAAACCGGAGGUGGCACAGGAGCGGCUGACGUCCUCUGCCUUCCAGGACCUGCACCCGCCGCACCAGGCGCUGACUUUCCAGCAGCCUCUGAGCCAUUCCAGCACUGCCAGCUCCAUCUCCCACAGCACCCGCCCUUUUUUUCGAGCAACGGCUGCUCAUCGGGAUCACCCUCGCGACUCGGUCUCUCCCUGCCCGGACGCACUCGAAGCUGGCGACCCACAAACCCGAAGAGCUGCUGAGCACCGGUAGCCAGCCCCCGCCUUCCAUUCCGGCCACCUCUUCAUCUGCGAGGAAUGCGGCCGCUGCAAGUGUGCCCGCUGUGCGGCUGCCCGCAGCUUGCCCUCCUGCUGGCUUUGCAACCAGCGCUGCCUCUGCUCGCCGGAGAACCUCAUUGACUAUGGGACUUGCCUGUGCUGCGUCAAGGGCAUCUUCUACCACUGCUCCUCAGACGACGAGGACACCUGUGCCGACGACCCGUGCUCGUGCGGCCCCGGCUCCUGCUGUGCCCGCUGGGUUGCCAUGAGUUUCCUCUCUUUGCCUGCCAUGCCCUGCCUGUGCUGCUACUUUCCUACCUUGGGUUGCCUCAAACUUUGCCAGCGGGCUACUUACACCCUGAAACGGCCCGGCUGCCGCUGCCAGAGCCACACCAACACGGUGUGUCGGAAGAUCUCCUCUUCUAGCGGGGCGGCUUUCCCCAAGACUUUGGACAAGCCGGUAUGACUCCCCCUCCCCGCCCCACAAAGGGGAGGAACUGGCUGUUCUUCAUCUUCUCCUUCAGCUUCUGCUGCUGAAAGCGUCUGCCUGGGAACAAAGCACAGAGGGAUGGCCAAUCACUCAACCCCCCCCAUCGGAUGUUGAAGCUCGUUCUGUGAUGGAGACCUCUUGUCCGCUAGACCUAGAUGAGCUUCAGGGGUUUUGCACGUCUUGACGAUGGCUGAGGAGAGGUGGAAUGGGAAGCUGAGACAUUCACUAAUCAUCAGAGUCAAGGGCGGGGUGACGAGUUGCUACAGGAUGGCUCAGGAUUCUGUCCUCCAGAAUGCCUUAUGAGUUAUGGAUCUGUGGUGGGUUCCAAAAAAGACCAGUGUUGCACCCAAGCACUACGAUACCUGGGGGUGAAGGCCAUUACGACCCCAACUUUUCAGUCCCUCUGAAACCUUCUUAGGGCUCUUAUUCCACACCUCCUUCUGCCCUGCAGGGAAGGAGAAGCUUUUGAACAGUAGGAAAAGGUGGUGGCUUCACCAAACAUGUGUGCUUUUUUGGGGGGUUGGAAAACAGUUGACGUUUGUUCAGAAUGGGGUAUUAGUGGAAAGUUAGAAGUCACAAGUAUUUAAGGGUUUACAAGAGUGGAUCCCUCUUCAGUUGCAUGCAGGGCAGAGAUUGGGGGUUCGGCCACGAGGGGUGACAGGUAGGGGGUUCCACACAAUUGGCUGUCUGAAACCUCAAGUCUCCCAGACGAGAAACAAUGCAGGCUCGACCUCCAUCCGUUCUGCAUUUUAGCGGGCUAUCAGGUAGCAUGAAGUGUCGCUGUGGAUCUUGCCAAGGCUAAAGAUAGGCCCUGCCUUUGACCGGCUGCUCCUUGCUUGCAAAAUCACUACUGCCGCUGAUGCAUCUCUUUCUCUCCUUAUCACCGAAAGCUGACCGAUUCAGAGCGACGCCUCUCCUUUCAAAGCACAAAAGCUCACCCCUGUCUAAAUUUAGGACUUAGAGAACCACAUCCUGCCGCUGAACAGCUAAGCGGCCGCUCCCAGCCACUCAAGGAUGACAGUUUUACCUUGACAUCCAUGACACUCUUUCUCUUGAAAACAGAGAAUGCUGGGAAAAUGUGUGAUUUGCAGGCAUUCCUGUGACUGAAGACUGAGCUUAUGGAUGCUAAUGGCCGGAAAGAGAGUUAGAGAGAAGCAGUCACCUGUCCGUCGGAGAGAGUUCGCUGGCUGGCAUAAGCUUGAGUGGGUUCUCUCCUCUCCCUGCCUACCUGCAAGCACUUUGUUUGACUAGAAAAGGGGGUGUGCGGGCAUGAUUCUCCCAGGAGGCUUUGCACUGUUGCAUGUAGGGGAAGCUGACCCUGGCGGAGCCAUUUGGGCACUGGUGACAGGUACUUCUUUGGAAGUAAGCAGAGGCGGUUCAAAACCGGAUCCAUAUUCUUAAGGCAGUUAUGGAGAA